AUGCGGCCGUCGCCGGCAGCGCCUGCAGGCGACCCGCCACCAUCGCGGCGAAGGGCGGCAGCGGCGGCCGCCGCCAAUCUACCAUCUGGCGGCGACCCCUCUCCGCAACCCUCCGGGUCGGCGGGAAGAUCCCGCGGCGCGCGGCAGCAGCCGCGGCUGCAGGCGCGGCAGCUGCAUGAGCACGGCUCACCGUCCCCGAUAGAAGCCUCUCCGUUUGGAGCAACCGGCGCAGUAGUAGAUCUGACGGGCUCGGGGGGAACUACAGCUGCUGCUCGCAGCGCAGGAGCGGCGGUGUCCCCCUCCCCGGCCUCCGGGGAGGGCAGCGCGCGGAGGAAGCGGGGGAGGCGGGAGCUGGACGCGCUGCUUGGCGCUGGGGGAAAGGGUGGCGCGGACAGUCCCAGCCAAGGGGGGAGCCCGGACGUGGAAGGAUGGGAGGGCCGGCGGAGCAUACGACGUUUCAGCGGGGAAGGGGGAAGGGGAGGGGGGAGGACUGCAGAGAGGGGCGGAAGGGAGUUGGGUAGAGAGGGUGAUAUGGCGGCAGAGGGGAAAGUGGGGAAGGGGGCGGGGAAGGGUGACCGGAAGGAGAGUGAGCAUGUGGGGGGAGGGGUGGAGAGCGAGGAGGAGAGGGAGGGUGAAGGGGAGGCGUGGGCAUUGAGGGGGGCAGGUAGAGGAGCUAUUGGCAGGGGAACAAGGGGAAGGGGUAGAGGUGGGAGAGGAGGGGCUGUGGGGACGAGAGGAGGAACCGGGCGGGGGGUAGGAGGAAUGAGAGGGGGGGGCCGAGGCAGCGCGAGAGGGAGGGGACGAUGGGGACGAAGAGGGGCAGAGGGGCACGGAAGGGGUGAGGGGAGGGGAGUGAAAGAGGUAGAAGAAGAGGAAGAAAAGGAAGAGGAGGAAGAGAAGGAGGAGGAGGAGGAGGAGGAAGAAGAGGAGGAGGAAGAAGAAGAGAAGGUGGAGGAGGAGGAAGAGGAGGAGGGGGAGGGAGGGGUGGACGGGGGAGAAGGGGGUGUGGAUUUGGUAGGGAGUGAAGGAGGAGAUGACGAUGGGGACGAAGGGCGUGUGGGGAAUGGGAGGAUGGCGAGGAGAAGAGGGAAGUUGAAGGGUAAGGGCGUGCUGCUGGCUGGAGGGGUGAAGGAGGUGAUAUUGGGGGGGGAUAAAGGAGGGAGUGCGGAGGAGAAAGAGGGUAGAGAGGGUGAGAAGGAGGAACGGGCGGAAGAAGAUAAGAGUAAGAAAGAAAAGCAGGAGGGUCGGGGAAAUGGGGGGCGUGUUGAGGAAGGCGCCGAGAGGGGAGAGAAGAGUACGGGACGUGAGGGGCCGGGUAAGGAGAGAGAGAGUGUGGAGCGUGGUUCAAUGAGUGAGGGAGGUGUGUGCGAGGUGGUUGCUGCUGGGAGAGAGGAUGGUGGGACCGGUGGCGCGAAUGGCGAGAGCGAGAGAGGAGGCGGAGGUGAGAGUGAGAGCAACGGUGAGGGUGAGGGUGCAAGUGAGGUUGGGGUUGGGAGGACAGGAAAGGAUACUGUUGGGGCUGUUGAGAUACAGGGAAGUGCAGAGCGGGUGAGAAUGGCAGGAGGAAGGUUGAGAGGUGAGGAAGAGGGAAAGGAAGGUGGGGUUAGUGUGGAGGGUGGAGUGAGUGUGGAGGCUGGUUUGGAUGAUCUGAGGGGGGGUAGAUUGAGGAUGCGCAGAUGGAGUGAGGUGGUGGGGGAGGGUGGUUGGGGUGGUGGAAGGAGGGAUGUGAGGGGGGAGAGAGGGCGGGAGAGGAGAGGGCGGGGGAGGGAGCGAGGGGCGAGAAGGAAGAGUGCAGGGCGGUGGGGCGCAAGGGUGGUGCGUCCUCAGCGGCGGGUGGGGAAAGAGAAGGACAGGGUGGGAGAAGGGGAGGAGGAGGAGGAAGGAAGUGAAGGGCAGGAUGAGGAGGACGUGUGGUUGAUUCCGAGUGGAGAGGAAGAGGGAGGGGAGGUUGGUGCAUAUGAUGCGGAAGAGGAGAAAGAGAAGGUGGAGGAGGUGGAGGAGGAGGAAGUGGGUGAGAGGGCAGGGAAGGAGCAGAGGAGCAGAGGAAGACGUGGUGGGGAUGAGGCAGCAGAGGAGGAGGAAGAUGUGGAGGAGGUACCUCCGGUGAGGAGUGGUGGGGAGGAGGAGGUAGAGGGAAAAGAGGAAGAGGCAGGAAUGCGUGAGGAUGAUGGGAGGGAGAGUGCAAGCAGGUGGAGGGGCAGGGAGAAGAGGAGGAAAAGAGGGAGAGAGGAAGGUGUGAGACGGGGAGGCAAGUCAAAGGCAGUUGGUGAUGCGUCAGGAGAAGAGGAUGUGGUGGAAGCUAGGGAGCAGCAGCAGCAGCAGCAGCAGCAGCAGCAGCCGCAGCCGCAGCCGCAGGAGAGGGCUAUGGCUAUGAGUGAGGGUGGAGAGGCGGGAGAGGGGAGGGGUGUGGUGGGCAGUGGUGGGCGGGUUGGUGAGGUUGUGGAGGAAGUGAGUAUUGAUUUCGAUAUGAUUCCUGAGGACAGGACGGGAACAGAGGGAGGAGCAGGAGAACUGAGAGAUUUGGGAGUAUCGAGGGCGAUUGGAAGGGGGAGGAGGGGAAGAAGCGGGAUGAGAGGCACGAGAGCGACGGGAGAGACGGGAGGGAUGGGAGGGACUGGGGAGGCGGGAGGCGGGCUGAUGCAUGUGAUUCAGAAGCCAAGCGAUGAAGUGAUGGGACAGACAGGGACCGAGGCAUGCAGAGGUGAGGAGAAGGGAGAAGGUGCAGAGGAGAAGGGAGAAGGUACAGAGGAGAAGGGAGAAGGUACAGAGGAGAAAGGAGUGCAGGGGAGGAGGGGGUCAGGAGAAGGUAUGAGAGAGAACGAUGAUGACGGAGCGCGGGAGAAGGGAGAAGGGAGAUUGGCAAGGGGAGGUGCGGAGGCGGAGUUAGAAGGGCAGAUGCAGCGAGGUCGGGCAGAGGGGAGGGGAGGAGGUAGGAGAGGAAUGAGAGGGAGGGGGUUUGGGAGAAGGGAGGGGACUGGGCUGGGGAAGGAUGGAUUGAGGAGUGGAAGAGAAGAAGACGGAGGAGAAGAGGAAGAAGAAGAGGAGGCAAGCGUACAGGGGAAGGAUGGGAAGGAUGGGAAGGAUGGGAAGGAUGAGAAGGAUGAGAUGGCUGUAGGAGAGGGGGUUUCUGGGAACGAUAGUGACUUGGAGGAUCAGGAAGGGGCAGGAGAUGAGGUGGAGAUGGGGGAGGUGAGAGAAGCGGACAGCGGAGGGGUUGAUGGGGUGGAGAAUGGUGAUUUUGUUCUUGGUGAUUCGGGAAUGGGGGAUGUGAAAGGGGAUAUGGAGCGAGAGAGGUUGAUGGGUGCACAGGCAGCAGCAGGGAGAGGGGUGGAAGGUGGAGGAGAGGGGGGAAGGGAUGGGGGGCUAGGAAAGGGGCUUAUGAGCGUGAGCUGGCAGCAGGCUCAGGCGCUGCUGCUAACGCAAGAGACAGCAGCUGCAGAUGACGAGGGGGAGGAGGGCGAGGGAGAGGCGGGAGAGGGAGAGAGGGAAGGGGAGGAGGGGGUUGAAGAGGAGGGAAGGAAGGAGGAGGAGCACGAGGAGGCGGCAGAUGCAGGAGGAGCAGGAGAAAGAGAUGGAAGAGUAGGGAGAGGAGGAGAAGGUGGGGAUUCAGCUGGGGGCGUAUUGGACGGGAAAGCAGGGCGUGGGUGGGGACGAGGAGGGAGAGGAGGAGGGCGGGAGGGGAUGAGAACGGCAGGUGGCGGGGGAGGGGGCGGUGGAACACCUGGGAGGGGACAGGGACAGGGAAAGAGUGAGCAAGGGCUUAUGGAACGAGGAGGAACGCCUGGGAGGGGACAGGGACGGGAAAAGAGUGAGCAAGGGCUUAUGGAACGAGGAGGGGUUGGAGUGAGAUUGAGGAGAGUGGAGCAUGGGGGAGGGCAUGGGGAUGAGGUGAAGGAGGAAGCGGAUGGGGAGGAGAAGGAGGGAGAGAGGGUGGUGAAUCGGCUUAGGCCCAGGCGGUCUGCUGUGGUGGUGGUGGAAGGCAGGAGGAAGCAGGAGGGAGGGUCUGCUCAUGGUGCUGCAAUGGGUGCUGCUCGUGGUGAUUGUAAGGAGGGAGUGGGUUCGCCUUUCGCUGCUGCUCAAGCUGCUCUUCGUGCGGCUACUGGUGCUGCUGCUGCUGCUGGUGUUGCUGUGGGGGGUGCUGGUGCAGUGGACGAGGGAGUGAGGCAAGGGGCGGGUGGAGUGGAGGGUGUGUUGAGGCAGCUGCAGCUGCUGCGGCAGGAGAGGGAGCUGUCUCCUGUUGUGGAGGAGUUGGAAGAUGAGCAGUACUGGGAGUGGUGGGGGGGCGCGGAGGGAGAGGAGGAUGCAUGGGACGAGGAAGGGGAGGAGGGCGAGGAGGGCGAGGAGGGCGAGGAGGGAGAGGAGGGAGUGGAGGGAAGCAAAGGAGGAGAGAGCAGCAGAGGAGAGGGGGGAAGGGAGGGAGGAGAUGAGGAGGACGAAAGGAAGGAGGGGAAGUUGAUGGAGGGAAGGAGAGUGGAGGUGGAGGAGGGAGAGAGUGGGAGGAGGAAUGUGGUGGGUAAGGGGGUGAAGAACCGGGGAGUGACAAGCAGUAUCAGACUGGUUAGUGGUGGAAGGGGAGGGGCGCGUGGGAAGGAGGGUGGUACUGGGGAGGAUGGGCUGGGUGCGUCUGGGUUUGGAGAGGUGAGAAGCCGUGGACGAAGGGGUAGGACGGAGGAGGAGAUUGAGGAAGGUGCUGUGGCUCUGUAUGCUGAUGAUGGUGAUGGUGAAGGUGAUGGUGAGGAGGAUACGAGCGAUGAUGGGAGCGAUGAUGAUGUGAUGGAAGCAGGCUGGAAAGCAGAGAGUUUGGAUGUUGAGGAGGUGAGCAAGGGAGGAGAAGAGGAGGUGGAGGAGGAGGAGGAGGAAGAGGAAGAGGAUGAGGAUGAAGACGAGGAGGAUGAGGAUGAGGAGGAGGAAGAAGACGAGGAAUCUGAGGAGGAGGAUGAUGAUGAUGUGGUGCCGCAGAGAGAGGAGACCGAGGAGGAGCGGCGGCGACGGCUGGAGCAAGAGGACUCAAUGCUGCUGAGAUACCUGCAAGUGAAGGACGCACGGGAGCGGCGGCGCAAGGCGGGCAUAAAUCGGCGGGUGCCAAAGCAGCAGCAGGAGCCGGUGCAGGCACGGGCGCAUUGGGAUGCUCUGUUGGACGAGAUGGCAUGGCUGUCCAAGGACUUUGACAAGGAGCGGCGGUGGAAGGCGGGGCAGGCGAGGAAGACGGGUGCGCGGGUGUGCCGCGCCAGAAAUGACCUGGAGCUGCGCGGGGAGAAGAAGCUCAAGGAGGAGGAGCAGCGAGUGUGGCGGGUGGCGAGCGGUAUAGCCAAGGAGGUGAAGCGGUUCUGGAUGAAGAUCGAGAAGCUGGUGGUGUACAAGCACGAGCUGCAGGUGGAGGAGAAGAAGAAGAAGGCCCUGGAUAAACACCUGGACUUUCUCCUGGGGCAGACUGAGAGGUACUCCUCUCUUCUAGCCGAGAACCUUGCUGCAGACAACGAGGAAGGGGAGGAGAGAGAGGAGGGGGGGGUGGGGAAGGAGGGGGAAGAAGGGGAGGAGGGGGAGGAGGGGGAAGAAGAGGAGGAGGUUGAGGAGGGGGAGGAGGGGGAGGAAGAUGGUGGUGAGGAUGUGGACAUGGAAGGAGUAGAGGUUGAAGAGGGAGGGGAGAGUGAUGUGGAGGGGAAUGCAGGGGAGGGGCACGAGGGAGGGGAAGAGGAGGAGGAAGAAGAAGUGGAGGAGGUGGAGGAAGAGGAGGAAGAAGUGGAGGGAGAGGAGGGAGAGGAGGAGGAGGUGGAGGAGUGGGAAGAGGUAGAGGAGGGUGAAGUGGGAGAGGAGGAAGAGGAAGUUGGGGCAGUGUGUGGGGAUGCGGAGUGGGAUGAGGAGGUGGAAGAGGAGGAGGCAGGGGAGGAUGAGGAUUUCCGAGGGGGGAGCGAUGAGGAGAUGGAGGAGCAGCGCCGGCAGGAGGAGUACGAGCGGGAGAUGAUGCAGGAGGAAUCCAAUCUUUCCUACACCUGCACUCACACUCCCUUCCUCCCCUCCCUCCCCUCCCUCCCCUCCCUCCCCUCCCUCCCCUCCCUCCCCUCCCUCCCCUCCCUCCCCUCCCUCUCCUCCCUCCCCUCCCUCCCCUCCCUCCCUCCCUCCUCCUCCCCUCCCUCCCCUCCCUCCCCUCCCUCCCCUCCCUCCCCUCCCUCCCCUCCCUCCCUCCCUCCCCUCCCUCCCCUCCCUCCCCUCCCCCCUUGGUCGCCAGGAGGAAAUGGGACCCUGCCGACAGAAGCUCCAGAACUGCCACUCGCAGCAGCAGGGGGAGCGGAGGAGGAUGAGGCAACAGGAGAAGAAGAAGGAGAAGAGUCUCGUGCCUAUGCUGCAUUGGGUGCACGCGAGGGGAAAAUAGCACCAGGAGCGGAAGAGAAAGGCACUGAGGAGGAAGCAGCAGCAGGAGGGGCAGAGAGCAAGGGAAUCGCAGCAUCAACAGGGGCACAGAAAUCGCUGCAUGUGCUUCCUGCACUAACACCUGAAGCACCAGCAACAGUUGCGACCACGUCACCACCACCACCACCACCACCAGUGGCCACGGCGGCAGGAGCGGCAGCAGCAGCACAUGUGGAUUCGGCUGUGCCACCGCUGGUCCCUGCUGCUGCUGACGAUGAUGACUAUAACCCGUUGGAAGAAGGACAGGAGGAAGAUGACGAGGCAACACUGGACGAGGAGGAGAGGCUAAGAGGGGAGGAGGACGGCCGAGGGGCAGACGAAGAGGUGAACGAGCUGCAGGGUGAGAGUGAAUUGCCUCUGGAGGAGAUACUGCGGCGGUACAAACAGAUGAAAGGAGGAGAGGACAGCGAGGAGGGGGAGCAGGACGAGGAGGAAGAGGAAUACGAGGAAGAAGAGGACGAGGAGGAAGAGGAAUACGAGGAAGAAGAGGACGAGGAAGAGGAGGAGCAGGGGGAAGAGGAGGAAUUGGAGGAGAAGGAAAACCUGGAAGGGAGGAGCAACGAUGCGGAGAGAGGGAGGAAACAUGAAGAUUCCGGAAAAGAGCAAAAGGUGAAGGAGGAAGCAGGGGUGGGGAGGGAGGGGAUGGAAGCGGAUGUGGGGAAGGGAGUUGAGGCUGUGAGUGGUGCUGAGGGGAAGGAGGAAGUGGAUAGAAAGCAGGAGGGAGUUGCAGUGAAAGCAGAGGGACGAGGAGACGUGGUUAUGGUGCGAGGGGAUGGGGGUGGGGGUGGGGAAGCAGGGGAGGAGAGUCGCAAGAGACGAAAGGUGAGCUUUGCAGUGGGGGUGGAGGAAAAAGAAGGGGGGAUUGUGCUGGCGGAAGGAAUGGGGAAGGCAGAGCAGGUGGGGGGAAGGAGUGGGGGGAGAGAGGGUGUUGGGGAGGUGGGGGGGAGCGUUGUAGCAGAGGUGGAAGGGAAGGAGGAAGAGGAGGAGGAGGAGGAAGAGGAGGGUGGGCGUAAAGAGCAUGGCGUGGGAAAAGGGAAGGAAGCGGAGGAGGAAGAAGGGGAGGAGGGAGAGGGCGAGGAAGGGGAGGAGGAGGAUGAAGAGGAAGCGGAUGCUGGAGAGGAGGCGGAGCGCAGGCGCAAGGGAAAGGGAAAAGGGAAAGCGAGUGAGGAGGAGCAAUGGAGGGACGCAGCAGCCGCUGCAAGCGCAGCCCAACCGACCGGUCACACCAUGUCCACAACCAAAGUAAAAACCAAAGUGCCAUUCCUGCUCAAGCUCCCGCUCCGCGAGUACCAACACAUCGGCCUCGACUGGCUGGUAACACUGUACGAGAAGAAGCUCAACGGGAUUCUGGCGGACGAAAUGGGGCUGGGAAAGACGAUCAUGGCGAUCGCACUCCUGGCGUACCUGGCGUGUGAAAAAGGCCAGUGGGGCCCGCAUCUGGUCGUGGUGCCCACGUCGGUGAUGCUCAACUGGCAGAUGGAGCUCAUGAGAUGGUGCCCUGCGUUCAAGGUUUUAACCUACUUCGGGUCGGCGAAGGAACGCAAGGCGAAGCGGCAGGGGUGGAGCAAGCCCAACUCGUUCCAUGUCUGCAUCACCACGUACCGGCUCGUCGUGCAAGACGCGAAGGCGUUCCGGCGGAAGAAGUGGCGGUACCUCAUUCUCGAUGAGGCGCAUCUUAUCAAGAACUGGCGCUCGCAGCGCUGGCAGACUCUGCUGAACUUUAAUGCCAAGAGGCGGAUUCUGAUUACUGGCACGCCGCUGCAGAAUGAUCUGAUGGAGCUGUGGGCGCUCAUGCAUUUCCUUAUGCCGCACGUGUUCCAGUCGCAUGCCGAGUUCAAGGACUGGUUUUGUAAUCCCAUUUCCGGGAUUGUGGAGGGAGGGGGGGCGGGCGGAGCAGCAGGAGGGGCAGCUCAGGGGGCGGCCGCAGGGGAGGCAGGAGGUACGGCGGCUGCUGCUGCUGCUGGUGGCGGUGCUGUGGUUGCGGCAUCAGCAGGAGCAGCAGCCGGAGCAGCAGGAGGAGCGGCGGCAGCAGGAGCAGCGGCAGACACAGGCAUGGCAGGGAACCCUGAGGUGAUCGACCGAUUACACAACGUGCUGCGGCCGUUCCUGCUGCGCCGCCUCAAAUGCGACGUGGAGCGCUCCCUCCCGCCGAAGUACGAGCACGUGGUCACGUGCCGGCUCUCCCGGCGCCAGCGGCAACUAUAUGAAGAGUUUAUGGCCCGGUCUGACACGCAGGCGACUCUCGCGAGCGGGAAUUUCCUAGGGUUGAUCAACGUGCUGAUGCAGCUGCGGAAGGUGUGUAACCACCCGGAUUUGUUCGAAGGCCGGCCGAUUAUUUCGUCGUUUGAUAUGAGCCCGCCGCUGGUGCUGCCGCUGCCGUCGCUGGUGGUCGGGGUGGGUGCAGGAGGGAGUGGAGUCGGGAGGGCGAUGCUUGGGGCUGCUGCGUUGGGGGCGAGAGGAGGCGGGGAGAGGUGGGGGGUGGUGGAUAGCUGGUGGGUGGGCGGGGAGGGGAUGGGAAGGAGGAGUGCGCUGGAUUGGACAGGGUGGGAUGGUGCAGAGGACGAGGAUGAGGAAGAGUUGGAUGGGGUGUUGGAAGAAGGGAGGGGCACGGAAGGGAGGAUUUUAGGUUCUGGAAAAUGGGGAAGAGGUGAGGGUAGGAGGUGGAGAGGUUGGGGGAGUUUGGGGUCCGGGCAGUGGAGGGGAGGAGGAGGAGCAGUGGGAUAUGAAGAGUUGAAGUGCUUGGGUUUGGUGCGGUCGGUGUGGGAUAGCAGUAUGGCGAUGUGGGAGGCGGAGGAGGUAGCGAGGCUUGCUGCUCCUCCUGUUCUUAUCGAGGAGAUUGGGAUGAGAAUGGUGAGAAGGGAGGAAGAGGAGGAGAUGGAGCAGGACGAGGAGGAUAUGACAACGCUGCUGAUAGCAGCUGCUGGUGAGGAGGGCGAAGAGGGAGAGGAGGAGGAGGAGGAUGAUGAGGAGGAGGAAGGGGAGGUGCGAAGUGGGGACGAGGAAGAGGAGGAUGGAGGGGAUAGUGUAGCGAGUGACGACGAGAGGGAGAGUGGGGAUGAGAUGGAGAUUGAUGGAGGAAGGUGGCGGGAUGGCGGAGGGGAUGGUGGUAACGCAGGGAAGAACCCUAAGAAGAGAAGGAGCUUGGACGCUGGAGGACACAGGGAGGGCAAGGGCCGGAAAGGGCCAGGCAGCAACAGAAGCAGCCGAAAGGGCAGCAGCGGUGGGGGUAACGAGGACGGGGGGAGGGCGGGGAAAGGCAGAGGGAGGGUGCGAAAGCUGAUGGGGUUACUAGAAGAAGUACAAGCGCGGGUGCAGACAAGGAAGAGGCAGUGGCAGAAAGAAGCCCUUGCUCUCACCGCUGCUCUCAGCUUCGCCCGCUGCCGCCACCAACGCCCUGUCUUUGGCUCAGAUGCAAUCAGCCUGCUCUCGCUCCCGCACCCCACCCGCCACUCCCAUGCGCUGGCUGCUAACCCUAAUUCUGCUCUCUCCCAGCCGUCCUGUCUCACUCAAUACUCCUCCCUGCUCACCCGCCCUCUCGUUACACUCGUCUCGCCUCUCGAACCUUCCGGGAGCGGUCAAGGUGAAGGGGGAAUGCAGGACCUGUUGCAGCCACAACCGCCAGCAUCCACCCACCCCUCCCCUUCCACACCCUCCUCCUCCGAGCCACUCCUCUCCCCGUCAACCUCCCAACGCACACCGCCACUCAUCCUCUCCCCUCUCCAACGCUGCGAGGAUCUAACCACCACUAUCUCCACUUUCGUAUUCGCCAUCCCGCCAGCCCGUGCCGUGCCCCCCUCCUUCACCUGCUCCCACACCCUCCCAUGGCUCGAAACCUCCCGAGCACAAACGGAACAGCAUCUCGACCGCUCCCUCCGCCCGCUCCUCGCCCCGCUCCGCACGGCUUUCAUCCGCCGCCAGCUCUUCUUCCCAGACCGUCGCCUCAUCCAAUUCGACUGCGGGAAGCUGCAGGAGCUCGCGGUUCUCCUGCGGAGGCUGAAGCUCGGAGGGCACCGCACCCUCAUCUUCACCCAGAUGACCCGAAUGCUGGAUGUCCUAGAGGCGUUUCUGGCUUUACACGGGCAUACGUAUAUGAGACUGGAUGGGGCGACGGGGCCGGAGCAGCGGCAGAUUCUGAUGCAGAGGUUCAACACGGAUCCGAAGAUAUUCGCGUUUAUCCUGUCCACGCGAUCGGGUGGCGUUGGGAUCAACCUGGUGGGAGCUGAUACUGUGAUCUUCUACGACAGUGACUGGAACCCGGCCAUGGACCAGCAGGCUCAGGUGCGUGUGUGUGCAUGCGUUGGCCGAGUCUGCUAUUUCAGAUGCCUGAAAGAGAGUGUGUGGGCCUGA